GCAACUGCAAUGUUGAACACUGCUACGAUCAUGUAAUGUAAUUGGCCAUGAAUCUGCAGAUACUGUGUGUAUCAGUGACUUCAAACAGACAAGGACGGCAUUUUAAACCGUACGGGCUCAAAGCCUCAAAGCCUCCGAGAUAUGCACGCACGCGCGGGUACGUAACAAACUUCAUCAGAUCGGCCGCCUUUUGCGCCAUUCACGUCGGCGUCGGCGGCGGCGGCCAGAUUAGAAUCCACCCACACCGAGUCGUCGCCAAAGAAACUAAACCUCUAAUCCCCCGUCCUCCCCGCCCGUGCGCGCAUAUAUAAUGGUAUUACCCCCGUCGUCAAAUGCACCGCCACCCAACCCCAUGGCCGCCGCCACCGGAAGAACCAUGAAGACGAUGGCGCUCGUCGUCGUCCUCGCCGCCCUCCUCUGCUCCAUCUCGGUCGCCGCUGCAGCCAGCGGCGGCCUUUCUUCGUACGUGGUGUACCUCGGCCAGCACGCGCACGGCGCGGCGCUGGGCACGCACGGCGCCGAGGAGCUGCAGGCGCUGGAGCGCGACGCCGCCGAGGCGCACUGCGACCUCCUCGCCGGCGUCUUGGGCGGAGACAAGCAGAAGGCGCGGGAGGCGAUCUUCUACUCGUACACGAAGCACAUCAACGGCUUCGCAGCCAACCUGGACGCCGCCACCGCCGCCGAGAUUGCGGGGAAACCCGGCGUGAUCUCUGUGUUCCCCAACCAGGGCCGCAAGCUGCACACGACCCGGUCAUGGCAGUUCGUCGGCCUGGCCGGGCCCGGCGGCGUCCCCCACGGCGGGGCGUGGCGGAAGGCCAAGUUCGGCGCCGACACCAUCAUCGGCAACUUCGACACUGGUGUGUGGCCGGAAUCCGAGAGCUUUAGAGAUGACGGUCUGGGGCCAGUUCCGUCCCAUUGGAAAGGAGCCUGCGACAAAGGCCAGGAUGAUAAAUUCCAUUGCAACAGGAAGCUGAUCGGCGCGCGCUACUUCAACAAGGGCUACGCGGCGGCGGCAGGCGCGCUGAACGCGUCGAUGAACACCCCACGCGACAUGGACGGCCACGGCACGCACACGCUGUCCACGGCGGGCGGCUCGCCCGUGCCCGGCGCGUCGGUGUUCGGGUUCGGAAACGGCACGGCGUCCGGCGGCUCCCCGCGCGCGCGCGUGGCGGCCUACCGCGUGUGUUUCCCGCCCGUGAACGGCAGCGAGUGCUUCGACGCGGACAUCCUGGCGGCGUUCGACGCCGCCAUCCACGACGGCGUGCACGUGCUGUCGCUCUCCCUGGGCGGCGACCCCUCCGACUACUUGGACGACGGCAUCGCCAUCGGAUCCUUCCAUGCCGUCCGCCGCGGCAUCUCCGUCGUCUGCUCCGCCGGCAACUCGGGCCCUGCACUCGGCACCGCCUCCAACCUCGCGCCGUGGCUCCUCACCACGGGCGCUAGCACCAUGGACCGCGAGUUCCCGUCCUACAUCGUCUUCGACCACACCAAGGCCAAGGCAUGCAACUCCUCAGAAUGCCCUCUUGCUAGACCGCCGAACAGCGGCCUCACAAAGAUCAAGGGACAGAGUCUGUCGAUGACGACGCUGCCGGAGAAGACCUCGUACCCACUGAUCGAUUCGGUGAAGGCUGCAGCUGCCAAUGCAACCACUAAGGAUGCGCAGCUGUGCAUGAUCGGGUCGCUGGACCCGGCGAAGGCCAAGGGCAAGAUCGUGGUGUGCCUGCGUGGGAUCAACCCGCGUGUGGCCAAGGGCGAGGCGGUGAAGCAGGCCGGCGGCGUCGGGAUGGUGCUCGCCAACGACGCCAGCACCGGCAACGAGAUCAUCGCAGACGCGCACGUGCUCCCGGCCACGCAGAUCAAGUACCGCGACGGUCUGCUGCUCUACUCCUACGUCAACUCCACCAAGAAGCCGACCGGUUUCAUCACUAGGCCAGCGACUGUCCUUGGCACCAAGCCGGCGCCGUUCAUGGCCGCCUUCUCGUCGCAGGGGCCCAACAUCAUCACCCCCGGGAUCCUCAAGCCCGACAUCACGGCGCCCGGAGUGAGCGUGAUCGCCGCGUGGACCCGUGCCAACUCGCCGACGGACCUCGCCUUCGACCGGCGGCGCGUGGCCUUCAACUCAGAGUCCGGCACGUCCAUGUCCUGCCCGCACGUCUCCGGCGUCGUUGGCCUCCUCCGCACUCUCCACCCGGAAUGGAGCCCCGCGGCCAUCAAGUCGGCCAUCAUGACCACAGCGGCUGAGAUGGACAACAAGGGAGAGCUGAUCCUGAACGCGUCGUCGUUGCCGUCAAGCCCCUUUGGCUACGGCGCUGGCCACAUCUCCCCCGCCCGCGCCAUGAACCCGGGCCUCGUCUACGACCUCGGCGACGCGGACUACCUCGACUUCCUCUGCGCGCUCAAGUACAAUGCCACGGUGAUGGCCAUGUUCAAGGGCGCGCCCUACACGUGCCCCAGCGAGGCGCCCCGGCGCAUCGCGGACCUCAACUACCCGUCCAUCACUGUCGUCAACGUCACUGCGGCGGGCGCCACGGCGCUCCGCAAGGUCAAGAACGUCGGCAAGCCCGGCACGUACACGGCCUUCGUGGCCGAGCCCGCCGGCGUUGCCGUGCUGGUGACCCCAUCGGUGCUCAAGUUCAGCGCCAAGGGGGAGGAGAAGGGGUUCGAGGUGCAUUUCAAGGUGGUUAACGCCACGCUCGCUAGGGACUACUCGUUCGGAGCGCUCGUCUGGACCAACGGGAGGCAGUUCGUGAGGAGCCCUCUUGUGGUGAAGGCGGCGUUGGCUUUUGAUUAGUUCUGCUCAUUGGUCUAGGGGAGCUUUAGGAAAGCAGGUUUAGAGAGGAUGCAUUAGUUUCAUGAUUUGUUAAAAAGUGAGGCUGAGAACUUGGCCUCUGAAUCAAUAAAUUAUAAUAAUUAUAUAAGCAAGCUGUUUCUACUGUGUAAUAAAAACCUUAAUCUCUGUAGAAAUUUGGUAAUAUUGGUUAAACCGCUCA